CUGAAUAGUGUUUUUAAAGAGAGAAGAUGAAUGAGAUCCAUAUAUAGAAAUAUUGUUUUUCUUGUAUAAAUAUUCCAAAAUAUAUGAAGAAAAUGGAUUUGGUAUUAAGAGAUAACGAUCAAAAUUAAGAGAGUUUGUUAAUAUCAUGGACAAAGGGUCAUUGUCUACUUUUUUAUAACUCCUCUUUCACCCACCUCCCCCUUCCAUUUUUUGCAUCUUUCCUGUUUAGAUUUGUGUGUGAGAGGCUUCAAAAAGCAAGAGAGAGAAUAAUUUGAAACUUGAUUAGUUUCUCUCCUCAAUUAUACAUAAAAAUUCAUUCAAUUCCUCAACCCCACCCUUUCUUUUUCUUGAGUUCAAACAAUCAACAAGCUUAAUCUCUUGUUUCUUUAGUGUGAAGUCUGUAUAAUUUACUUCAGGUAUUCAUGGAAAAUUCUGAUGCGUGUGAGCUUGAUUUCAGUUGCAUCGAUCGAUCCAUGUCGUUUCAGAAUGAAUCCGGGGACAUUUCUCCACAGAGAAAGCUGGGGAAGGGAAAGAUCGAGAUCAAGCGGAUCGAGAAUACCACAAAUCGACAAGUGACAUUUUGUAAGCGUCGCAAUGGUUUGCUCAAGAAGGCCUAUGAAUUGUCUGUUCUUUGUGAUGCUGAGGUUGCUCUUAUUGUCUUCUCAAGCCGUGGUCGCCUUUAUGAGUAUGCUAACAACAGUGUUAGAGGGACAAUCGAUAGGUACAAGAAAGCAUGCCUAGAUCCACCUACCAGUGGUUCGGUUGCUGAAGCCAAUGCUCAGUUUUACCAGCAAGAAGCUGCUAAACUGCGCCAGCAAAUUGCAAAUCUUCAAAACCAGAACAGGCAAUUCUACAGGAACAUCAUGGGGGAAUCUUUGGCAGACAUGCCGGUGAAGGACCUCAAGAAUCUUGAAACUAAAUUAGAGAAAGCGAUUAGCAGGAUUCGAUCCAAAAAGAAUGAACUGUUGUUUGCUGAAAUCGAGUAUAUGCAAAAAAGAGAACUUGAAUUGCAUAACAGCAAUCAGUUUCUUCGUGCAAAGAUAGCUGAAAAUGAAAGAGCUCAGCAGCACCACAUGAGUUUGAUGCCUGGAAGUUCAGAUUAUGAGCUAGUAACACCUCACCAGCCCUUUGACAGUCGAAGCUACGUUCACACAAACGAGUUGCAACCCGAUAAUGAUUACUCCUGCCAAGACCAAACCCCUCUUCGGUUAGUGUAGGUAAUAAUGAUGACGGACUUGAGGUUUCUCCUUUACUCAUUUCCACUGGAUCGAGCCGUAAUAACCUCAUAAUGAUUAAUUAACAAGGAGUUGACUGAUAUCUGCUUGCCUUAAUACUGAUUUCCGGUUAAACGGAAGAACCCUAAAUAUGUACUUUUACAAUCGUCUUAUGUGUGCAAUCUAAUAUUGUGAAGCAGCUUAAAUA